UCCUCGGGCGCGCGCCGCUCUCGUUUUCUCGGGUCUCGGAAGUCGGCAUCAGUGAUCGAGGCGGCGGCGGCGGCGGCGGCGAGCGAGUCCUUGUGGUCUAGAUAAUUCAGGAAAAAUGUCUCUCUAUCCAUCUCUUGAAGACUUGAAGGUAGACAAAGUAAUUCAGGCUCAGACUGCUUUUUCUGCAAACCCUGCCAACCCAGCAAUUUUGUCAGAAGCUUCUGCUCCCAUCUCUCAAGAUGGAAAUCUUUAUCCUAAACUGUAUCCGGAACUUUCUCAAUACAUGGGCCUGAGUUUAAAUGAAGAAGAAGUACGUGCAAAUAUGGCAGUGGUCUCUGGAGCACCAGUUCAGGGGCAGUUGGUAGCAAGACCUUCCAGUGUGAACUAUAUGGUGGCUCCUGUAACUGGAAAUGAUGUUGGGAUUCGCAGAGCAGAAAUUAAACAAGGGAUUCGUGAAGUCAUUUUAUGUAAGGAUCAAGAUGGAAAAAUUGGACUCAGGCUUAAAUCAAUAGAUAAUGGUAUAUUUGUUCAGCUAGUCCAGGCAAAUUCUCCAGCCUCAUUGGUUGGUUUGAGAUUUGGCGACCAGGUACUCCAGAUCAAUGGUGAAAACUGUGCAGGCUGGAGCUCCGAUAAAGCUCACAAGGUGCUCAAACAGGCUUUUGGAGAGAAGAUUACAAUGACCAUUCGUGACAGGCCUUUUGAGCGGACAAUUACUAUGCAUAAGGACAGUACUGGACAUGUUGGCUUUAUCUUUAAAAAUGGGAAAAUAACAUCCAUAGUGAAAGACAGUUCUGCAGCCAGAAACGGUCUCCUCACGGAACAUAACAUCUGUGAGAUCAACGGCCAGAAUGUCAUUGGAUUGAAGGACUCUCAAAUUGCAGACAUACUGUCAACAUCUGGGACUGUAGUUACCAUCACAAUCAUGCCUGCUUUUAUCUUUGAACAUAUUAUUAAACGGAUGGCGCCAAGCAUCAUGAAAAGCCUGAUGGACCACACCAUCCCUGAAGUUUAACAGUUAGGACACAAUGGAAACAGCUGAGCGUCUCCAGUUUCCUUUCUCAACUACUCCUGUAUUAUGCACACGAAGCUUUCCCGGAGCCAGGGAGCAUAUGCUGCAUGAGGACCGUCCCGUCUCAGUUAUGGCUGGGAAUCUACUGGUUCAUCUGGUCUCCUCAGACUUCACGGUAGUUGUAGCCUUAGCCUGGUUUUACAGCUGUGAAACUUUCACAAGAUUGACUGACUUUCCUAGAAUAGUUUCUCUACUGGAAACCUGAUGCUUUUCUAAGCCAUUGUGUUGAGGGAGAUUGAUGCCAGCUUAGCUUUGUAUGAGAACCAGUUACCUUUCUUCUAGGUAAUGAGUAGUGCUCUUCAUGUCAUUUUAGUUCUAUGGUAUAUCUGCAUUAACAUGUACGUUAGUACAUUUAGAGUGAUUGCCUUUGGUAGGUUUUUUCUCCCUCUGUAUGUAUGCAAACACCAAUUACGUAAUGCUGGUUUCAUUCCAUGUAAGCAUUAUACAGUUUAUGUAGGUCGCAAGAGAUUAUGAUUGUCAUUAAAUUUUAACUACCUUCACUAAUAUGCUUCAACUGUCGCCUUAACUAUGUUAAGCUCUAGAACAAAAGCCAAAAUAUAAUUAUUGCUGCCUUCCUAAAACUCAAAAUGUAGUUCUGUAUUAAACUGAAAUGUGCACUAGCCCAAAAGAGGUUAAUAGUACUUUCUGAGCUAUAGCAUAGCUGCUUGGUUGUAUUUGACACUUUCUAGUCAUCGCGUAACAGAAACAUCUUUCUUCUCCAAGUUGCCAGUACUGCUUCCUGAGAAACAAAGCGCUCUAUAUUUAAUGUAAAAUUUCUUAUACUAAACGGGAUCAACUUUUGAUUCCUCUUUUCAUUUGUAGAUUAAGUAGAAUACUUAAUUUUGGCAUCUGAAUGUUAACAUUAUGUAACCUACCUACUUUGGGAUAAUCUUAAAAUGUUUUCCUGACUCUUCCCUGUAAACAAAGUGACGGUGACACUUUAUUUUUUCUGUUUUGGUUUAUGCCUAUCCUAAUUAAAUAUGUAUAAAGGGAAA